CGUGAGGCGCCUCCGGAUGCCGAAUGGUGGGAUAGAUCUUUGCUGCCAAACAAAACAUACGACGAUCUCAAGACUGGUCUCGAAACGCUUCAUAUUCGUGAUAAUGACUCUCCCAUAACAAUUUAUAUACAACAUCCGAUUCCACUACCACCACCUGGAGACAAGAAUAAAGUCGAAGCGAAGCCACUCAAGCUGACCACAAAGGAGAUGCAUCCCAAAUGA